CAUGAUCCCAAUCCCGUAUUGAAUAUUCAUAAUUCUCGAUGGACAUGGGGAAAAGAGGAAUCAAGAUAAGGGACUCUGCAACAGCGACGCUGCCAGCGAUGGGGGUGGAUUGAGACACAUUUGCUCCGGAUGUUAGGCAGCCCCUUUUGGCCUCUGGUGUCUGGUCAGCAUCCUCCCCCCGGCCCGGCACCCUGGUCUUAAUAUAGUGUCGUUGGUCCGCCCCCGACAUCGCGUGGCCUUGAUUUGUUCUGCUUUCCUUGCCCCUUUCCCAGCCCGGGAGCAACGUACUCAAUCCUCUCCCCAUCAUGCUCAACGGUCUGCUCAGCUGGAUCCCUUGAACCCUCCAACAACAUUCGUUUCAAACAUUCGUUAGAGUAAGCUGUUAUUCGUCAUCAUUCAUUCAUUUCUCCCACCAAUCAACAACCAACCACAUAAACCACGGAACAAAAAGCCUCCACAAGGUGUUUCAAUGAAAUUGAGUCCGGCUACGGUCAAGAUGUUUUCUCUCCGGAAUCAAUGGCUCGUAGCCCUCGGCCUCCUCAGCGGCUGCGUUGAUCUCUCCGCAGCUGCCUCCACCCAACAAUGGAAGACCCGAUCCAUCUAUCAAACCAUGACAGAUCGGUUCGCCCUCACCAACGGGUCCACCACCGCGCCAUGCAAUACCACCGAAGCCAAUUAUUGUGGGGGGACUUGGCAGGGGACGAUCGACAAGCUUGAUUACAUCCAAGGCAUGGGUUUCGAUGCGGUCAUGAUCUCCCCCGUCACGAAGAACAUCGACGGCCGAAACAAAGACGGCGAGGCCUAUCAUGGCUACUGGCCUCUGGAUCUCUACGAGCUCAAUUCCCAUUUCGGUACCCAGGAUGAUCUCCUCAAACUGAGCGAGGAAUUGCACGCCCGAGACAUGUACUUGCUGCUCGACGUCGUCAUCAACAAUGUCGCCUACAACACCGACGGCAGCAAUCCCGCCACCACCAUCGACUACACCGUCUUUCCUCAGUUCAACGGCUCAUCAUACUUCCACCCCUACUGUAUCAUCACCAACUGGAAUAACUACACCGAUGCCCAGAUCUGUCAAACAGGCGACAACUACACCGCCCUCCCGGAUCUCUACACCGAGCAUACCGAUGUGCAAGACAUCCUAAUGACAUGGAGUACAUCAAUCAUGACCAAUUACUCCGUCGACGGUCUUCGAAUCGAUGCCGCCAAAUCCCUAACCCCCAGCUUUCUCCCCACCUACGCCAAGACCGUAGGCGGAUGGAUGACCGGCGAGGUCAUGGACUCCAACGCCACCAACGUGUGCAAAUACCAAAGAGACUAUCUCCCCAGUCUCCCCAACUACCCUCUCUACUACUCGAUGAUCACCGCCUUCCUCAACGGCGAACCAGGGACCCUCCUCGAAGAAAUCGCCACAAUCAACGACCUGUGCUCCGACGUCCCAGCCAUGGUCAACUUCAUCGAAGACCAAGACGUCGACCGAUGGGGCUACAUGAACGACGACAUCAUGCUUGCCAAAAACGCCCUCACCUUCAUGAUGCUCUACGACGGGAUCCCGCUGGUCUACCAAGGCCUGGAACAAUUCAUCACCUACUCCAACCGCGCGGCCCUGUGGCUAACGGACUUUAACACCAACGCGACACUGUAUAACGUCAUCGCCAAGCUCAACGCCAUUCGCAAACAUGCCAUUUCCCUCGAUUCCAGCUACAUCGAUUCCCAAACCUACCCGAUCUAUCAAGGCGGGAGCGAGCUGGCUUUCUGGAAGGGCAACAACGGCCGCCAGGUCAUUAUGCUGUUAUCAACCCAGGGGUCCAACGGCUCCGCCUACGAUCUAACCCUACCGAUGAGCUAUGGCGCCAGUACCGUAGUCACGGAGGUGCUCAACUGCGUCAACUACACAGUCAACACGCAGAGCGAAUUGAUCGUCCAGAUGGAUAAAGGCGAACCGCGGGUAUUCUUCCCCGCUGACAUGAUGCCGGGCAGUGGUCUGUGUGGCUACAAUGUGAGCAAUACCACGUACUCGCAGCUACGACUGGCUGCGGUGGGAUCAUCCUCUUCGUCCGGUGGCAGCCAUCCCAUUGCACCAUUCAUUUCACAGGGUCCGUUUUUCGUGGCUCUAGUCGCCAUGCUGGCACUCUGGAUCUAAGCCUCGAUUUCGUCUUGGUAUUCAUUCAGCUAGUCCUCUAUCUUAUCCAUCCUAUCUCAUCUAAGCAAGCAAUUCACCUACAAUACCUCAAUGAUACCAUCAUCCUCAUAUCAGAGACUCAAUCCAGCAUCUCCAUCAUACCUCCAUCCGUGUAUAUAAGCCGAACUAAUCUACACGAAAGCCUACCAGUAGCACAACAAACUUGCAUGCAACACAGCAUACUCUUAUUCUCCACGCAGGAUCUCCCCGCUCACACACCAACCACCACCACCACCCGUACUCUGACUCUACCCAG